AUGAGCUUCGCACAGGCCCGCGGUGUCUCCAGCAGAGCCGACAUUCUCUCCCAGAACCACAAAGACAAAACAAACAAGCCCUCGGGUCUGGCGAACUGCAGCGGGGAGCGGAAACCAGGGAAGAUCAAAGACCCAGCGGUUACCCCCUUCCGGGCCGCGCAGCUUGGCAGCGCGCCCCGACCGACCCGGGCGGGCACCUACGGGCCUCCGGACCGGGAGAUCCAAGCGAGUGACAGCUUCGCGGUGAGCGCUGCCUGGGCUCGGAAGGGCAUCGAGGAGUGGAUCGGGAGGCAGCGCUGUCCAGGCGGCCUCUCAGGACCCCGACAGCUACGGUUGGCGGGCAACGUUGGCCCAGGCACCCGGGAGCUGGUGGGCGAAGCCUUCAGAGACGCGGCCAGCGAGGAGGAGGAGGAGGACUUCCGGCUAGAAGGUACCUGGAGUCUGUUGCUCUCUUCCCAGCAGCAGAUGCUGAACCUCAGGGUCCCUCUGGGGAUGGUGACAGCAGCCAAUGCGGGACUGUGUGAAGUCCCUGAAACAGAGCUACAGUGUGACGUGUCUGUGGAGGAGGACAGCCGGCAGGAAUGGACCUUCACCCUGUACGACUUUGACAACAAUGGCAAGGUCACUCGUGAGGACAUCACCAGCUUGCUGCACACCAUCUACGAGGUGGUCGACUCCUCCGUCAACCACUCCCCGACCUCCAGCAAGACGCUGCGGGUGAAGCUCACCGUGGCCCCCGAUGGCAGCCAGAGCAAGAGGAAUGUCCUUCUCAAUCAGGCCGACCUGCAGAGCACGAGGCCCCGUGCCGAGACCAAGCCCACUGAGGAGCUGAGGAGCUGGGAGAAGAAGCAGCGGGCCCCACUCAGGUUCCAGGGCGACAGCCACCUGGAGCAGUCUGGCUGCUAUCACCACUGCGUGGAUGAGAACAUCGAGAGGAGAAACCACUAUUUAGACCUCGCUGGGAUAGAAAACUACACAUCCCAGUUUGGGCCUGGCUCCCCUUCCAUGGCCCAGAAGUCAGAACUGCCCCCCCGCACCUCCAAUCCCACGAGGUCUCGCUCUCACGAGCCAGAAGCUGUCCACGCCCCACAUCGGAAGCCCCAAGGCGCGGACCCGGGCUCCUUCCACUUCCUUGACACCCCAAUCGCCAAGGUCUCAGAGCUCCAGCAACGGCUCCGAGGCACCCAGGACGGGAGCAAGCACUUUGUGAGGUCCCCUAAGGCCCAAGGCAAGAGCAUGGGUGUGGGUCACGUGGCCAGGGGGGCGAAAAGCAAGCCCCCUGUGGGACCCACCAUGCCGGCGGUGUCCCCGUCUGCCCACCUGGCUGCCAGCCCGGCCCUCCUUCCCCCGCUGGGCCCCCUGGGUCACAAGAAGCACAAGCACCGAAACAAGGAGAGCCAGCAGGGCUGCCGGGGCCUGCAGGCACCGCUGGCCUCGGGCGGCGCCGGCCUCGGGCGGGAGCACCUGCGGGACGUGCCCGCCGUGGUGGUGUACGAGAGCCAGGCCGGCCAGGCGGUCCAGAGACAUGAGCACCACCACCACCAUGAACACCACCACCAUUACCACCACUUCUACCAGACAUAG